AUGGAUAUCAAUUCACUUUUAUCACCCUCUGACACUCCUCGCGCCUCAUCUCUCACUCCAUCUUCGGUCAACCAUUCUCAAUCAGCUUUUAAACCGGUCCAACGAACUCGUUCAGGCACCCCCUCCGGUUCCGCUCAACCCACCCUCACUGUCAAUUCUCCUCUGUCCCGAUCGAUCCAACCGCCGUCCAGCAUCCCUGCCCAUGUCAGAAGUCCUUCACAACAACCUUCCCACUCUUCCCCGCUCAUCAGUCCUGUUCCUACAGGUACUGCGACACAUAUCACCGGUUCUUCAUCAACCCAGAGUAUGGACAAUCUACCAGACCUCACUUCCUUACAAAACGCUAGAUCCACUCCUCCGGUAUUGAAGAGUCGGGAUUCUUCAGAUAGCCAGCUCUCCUCCUCGGCUGGACCAGCCGCUCCCCAUCUCCUCUCGGCCACCUCGAACCCUCGAACUUCUUUUGACAUUGCCAUGGUCGAAACCCCCAAGCAGGCUCUGAGGCUUGACUAUUCUGACACUUCGCUCCAGCCUGAGUCACAACAACGUCUUGCCGUGUUGGUCGCUUACAUUCAAGAAACCCCUUCUUCAUACGAUGGCCAUAAGGAAAUCAUCAAGAUUCUGCAUCAAGGUUUCGUAGACCACAUUUACCCUUCAUCUAGCCCUGGCGCACGACGUGAUCCUAGAUCUUACGACCUUCUGCCUGAAUUGCGUCAUGCUCGUGAAACUUUGGACAAACUGUUCGCGGUUGGUGAGGACCAGUGGCUUGACUGGCUACAGGACGAAAGCAUACUCGCUCACACUGCCGAAGAGAGGGUUGCAGUUGUCGACAAGUGCCGUCGGGCUGUCAGUGAAGAAUAUGGAAGUACCAGCCUUUGGGUCAAUUAUGGGGAGUGGGUACUGCAUUGCUACAAAUGGGCUCAAGAUACUUCGGCAGACUCUCAGGGAGACAUCGUCGACACGGAACGAAUAGUUGGCCGUGAAGUCUUUGAUUGGAAUCUUGUCCUGGAAACAUGGGCCGAAGGCAUUCUACGUACUCAACUGGACUUGAGCCACAGCCAUGAGGUUUGGGACAAGUACAUGACCAUUCGUUUUGGCGAAACUGGCCAAAAACUUUCCCCAAGUGAGGCAGAGGCAGCUCUGGACCUGUUCCAGUCACGAUUACGUGUGCCCCACUCUACCUGGGAGCAGACUUUCUCAUCCUUCUCCAGCUUUGUGUCUGCCAAUUGUCCAGACACUCAAUACGAAGAAAUGAUGGCCUCAACACUUCGAGCAUCGAUUACUGCAAAGAAAAUAUGGUCCGAACGAGAGGUUCUGGAAUCUUCCCUUGAGACUGCCAGGGCUAAUGGUGACCAAACUGCUGAGUACCAGGCGUUCUUAAGAUAUAUCGAAUGGGAAAUUGCUGAGGAGGAUAGAGCCAAGAAGUACCGAAGACCCAGAGGGAAGCGUGACAACGCAAGUGCUCUGGCUAAUGCCCCUGACAUGAUCAACCCAUUAUAUUACCGAGCGGAGCUCCGAUUUCCCUCAGUCCUCACAAUCUGGGAAGACCAUAUAGAGUAUCUUUCCCCCAAGUCAAGUGAUCGAUUGCUCGAGGUACUUGCCAGAGCAACCAAACACUGCCCUUGGUCAGGUUCUCUGUGGAAGCAGUAUUUGCUUACCUCAGAACUAGCCGAGGAUACUUUUGACGAAACGGAAAGCAUAAAGCAUAAAGCUACCAGUACAGGUCUCCUGGAUGCUGCUGGCACGCAGGAGGCUUUGGUCGUCUACGAUGCGUGGUGUGGCUAUCUGUUGCGGCGCACCAGGAAGCCUGAUUCGACGGAGGAAGAUUCUGACGUUGCUGAAAUGGGCAUCAGAUCCUCAAUAGAGGCAGUGCACAGCCUCGCCUCCAAGUUAGGAUUGUCCUCCGAUUUUGAUCCCUCCUUCAGUCUACAGCGAAAGUAUGUCGAGUAUCUCAAAUCGCAACAUCGAUUCGACAAUGCGCGCGCCCAGUUUGAUGAUUCGGUCACAGACUAUGGCAAGCACUAUAAGUUUUGGCUACGUUUUUACGAAUUCGAGCUUCAGAAAAAUGUCCUCAUGGCCAUUUCCCACCCUAACAGUGCAGAUCGCUUGGCUGCAGUCUCAUCAGCACCGUUUGCUGUUGGUGUCCUGAAACAAGGUCUAGAACAUCCGGGGCUUGAUCACCCCGAGCCGCUGAUCGAGGCGUUACUCAAUCACUGUGAGGAUUAUGAAGACGCCGAUGAGCUACAAAGCGCAAUGUCUCUAGUACGCAAAGUGCAGAAGACCUUGACCGCGAAAAGACACCAAGAAGCUCUGGAAGCAAAUCAACAUGAACUUGAAGCGCAACAGAUGGCUUUAGAGGUCGCUCAGAAUGCUCACGAAACUACCAACGGAAUUCAGAAUGAAAAGCGAAAGCGUGAGGAUGAGAAUGACAGGGUCGAAGAUCCUGCCAAACGGUAUAAAAGUGAUGAGACCAUAAUCAACACCAAUGAAGUGUCAAGUGUUCGAGAAGAGGAAUUAUCACUCAAGCGUGAUCGCGAGAAUUCCAGUGUUUGGGUACGAAACGUACCACUCAACACCCCCGAAACAAAAAUUCGCCAAUACUUCAGCAACUGUGGUACAGUCAAGCAUUUGAAAAUACUCCAGGAUGAAGACAACGCGAUUAUUGUGGAGUUUGAGGACUCCGAGGCGGCGCAAUUUGCCCUUUCCAGGGAUGGUCGACCAUUUGAGGGCGCAGAGUUGUCAAUUGUUCUCAGCACCAAAUCAACUCUCUAUGUCACGAAUUAUAUUGCUUCAGCCGACGAAGCCUAUAUUCGGAACAUUAUGCGACCAUAUGGUGAGAUUAUCGGUGUUCGCUUCCCUUCUUUGCAAAAGAAUAAGAGACGACGAUUCUGUUAUGUCGAUUUCAAAGAACAAAGCCAGGCGGAGGCUGCUACAGAGCUCGAUAACAGAGAGAUUGAUGGUCUCAAGAUUAUUGUAAAGGUAUCAGAUCCCGCCCGGCGACAUGCCAGGGCUGAGAAUGAUGAGACGAAAACUCUCUUCGUUGGACAUCUACCCUUCAAGGCCACUUCGAAGGAUGUUGAGAAAAUUUUUGCGGCGUAUGGGAAAGUGGAACAAAUCAAGGUUCCUCAGGAUCCGAAAUCAAAAUCAAAGAACCGUGGAAUUGCAUUCGUGACAUUUGCGGAUUCUGAGGAAGCUCACUCUGCCCUUGCAUUGGAUCAGACCGAAUUGCUGGGUCGGAAGAUCACAGUCAACAUUGCUGCCGACAAUAAACCAGGGGCGAACCCUAGUGUCUCUGGUAGGUCCAAGUCUCCUUCAGCUCAGCCUGAUCCAGAGUCAAAGGCUAUGUCGGCAUCCGAAGACCACAAUGCUCUGGUCACGAAUCUAGAGGAGCGGCACCAGCGGACGGUGACCAUUUCUGACGUUCCCGAUACAGUGAACGAAAGCCGUAUCAAAGCGCUAGCUGAAAAGUUCGGUCCGACGCGAAAGGUAGUCCUCAAAACGAACCAUCAAGGAGCUAUCAUAGAGUUUGAAAAGGUGGUCGAUGCUGGGCGAGCUGCGAUUGGACUUGAUGGCCAUGAAAUCGAUCCUGGCCGGUACAUUCGAGUCACAACCCAGAAAGAAAUGUUCCAACAGAAGCCAGAGCUGAAGCAAGAGCAAUUCCUACAGCGUCCUGCUGUUAAUCGUCCGACAAUGAAGGGUCCAGUCAAACGUCCGCCUCAACCCGGGGCUCGAAAGGGUGGAAACCUUGGCCAAAGGUCGGCGACAAUCUUCCAAGCCAACACUGGAAGCAAUGAGCAGAAUGGGACGAAGAAGACCAAUGAUGAUUUCAGGUCUCUGAUUAAUAAAUCUUAG